UAACUGAGGUCAAUGACCGAUGAUGCGGCCGACUAAAAAUGGUAUCAUCGUCAUACACUGAUCGCAAUGAUUGUAUUUUUGAGGAGACAACAAUCGAACGCGUCCCAAACACGGACUCCUCCCAGUCUUGGGUGGUACAGUUUAAGGUUCACGGAGACAAGAUGACCCAGCAGCCCAAGAAGACGCUGUACCUGGCCAAUGACUUUGACUCCCUCCACCAACUGGCAGACGUGGAGUUUAAGGCUGGAGGCUGGAUAUUGAAACAUGCAGAAACAGCGAAGAAGCUGUUUGCAGCAGCUGAGGCAGCAGGGCAGGUGGGGGAUGAGGAGAAGGCCUUUGUGUACUACAUGCGCUUGUGGUGCCCCUGUUCUCCAUGAGGUCUCCAGCUGGCAUGAAGGCCAUUCAGGAGGCCGAGAGGCUGAAAGAAAGCUUGAAAAUCAGGUAUGAGCAGUUAGCAAGGGCAAGGGCCCAGCAACGGGCAAACCAGUAUCAACAAGAGUCUUGUCCAACCCCCCCACCCUACACCCUGGUACAGGACCCCCCUCCACCUUACACUGCAGUACAGUCCGCAGCAGUUAUACCGUCAGCACCGCCACUAGAGCAAAUGGCAGCUCGGCAAGGUCAGCCACAACAGAUGACUCCACCAGUCCCUAGACCAGUGCCCCCUACUGUUCCACCUGUGAACUACAUGCAGCAACAACCACCACAUCCACCAGCACCUUUACCUCCAGUUCCCCCUGCACCACCUGUAUCAUACCCCGGGUCACAGCCUCCUACUGUGCAGGGAUUUAAAGGCACGGGUCCGGUACCGCAAACUUACCCAGCAUACCCCUCUGAUAACCAUCCACCUGCUGCUGAAGAUCCUGGUCACCAAUCCCAUGUGCCAUUAUAUCCAACAUUAGGAGACACCAGUGCUGGUUCCAUUCAGUCACCUACAGUAGACGGGGCUACACAGGGGGAUAGGCAGACAACUACUGUGCCAUCAGAUUCUCCAGCAUCAUCACAUGAAGUCCCGGGGGACGAAAAGAGAGACUCUGGAGAUGAAAGUGGGAGGACAUCACCUGAUCUUAGUGACUUUGUUGUUUAUGGUGAAGGUGGGACAACUGAAGACACGGACUUAACAAAAGGUCAACAACCUGAAGUGCCUACAGUAGAGACUGAGAGUGUCACAGAAUAUGCAAGUGGCGGUGUGUCUGGUGAUGAGGAAGAGAGAGAUGCUAGCAACCCCCAAGAGACUCCCACACCGUCAGAACAGAAGGAUGAUACCAAUGAUGAUGAGAGGAUGGUGCUGCCUCCCAGUGAUGAGUAUGGGGUGGCUGGAGGUAGAGCUGAGGGUGGGGAAGGGGUGAGGAACACACCAGGACAGGAUGGAGGGAUGGAUGAGUUGAUAGGUGGGAUGGAAUCACUUCAUCUGCAGGACGUUCCAUCUACUGACUUGGGUACAGCAGAAGAUGUCCCCAAACCCCUAGAGGACCCAGAAUCAGUCAUGCCUACUGACACUACUCAGGAGACAGGAAAUGUAGCAGGUGGGAGUACGCUCUGGCCAUGCGUGCAGUGUACCUACCUGAAUGAAGAAUGGCGUCACCACUGCGAGAUGUGUUACAACAGUAGAAACACCAGUUUCAUAGGUAACCUUCCUUCUUUGGGCUCAACUCUUCAGAACAUAGCACUACAGCCAGAGUCAGAGAGGGAGACUGUCGGACCUUCCUCUGAGGACAGUGGGGAGGAGUACAGCAGUGCCCCAGAGGACAGCAUCACAGAGGACAGCGCAGACGAAGGAGACAGGAUAACCUGGGUGUGCCACAGGUGCACGUACGUCAACACUGGGCUCAGCCCCAUCUGUGUCAUGUGCAGAGUUCUGAGGAGAGUUGACUAUCCUGCACCAGAUGAGACUGUUGAAGACAUUUCCUCUCGGUUUGGUCGUCUCACCCGGCCUCCACUCAGGAGCACAGCCCCAGGUGUAUCAGCAGGAAGUUCAAUCUCAGGAGGGACAGCAUUACUGGACAGCCUGAGACAGCAGCUGGCCAUGAACCAAGGUUACCACAAGCACAGCGUGACCGUGAGCCGGGACUCCAUCCACUCAGACGUCAUCGGUCUGUACUCUGACACAGACAAGAGGACCUGGACACAUCAGAUCAGGGUCACAUUCAAGGGUGAGCCAUCCGUGGAUGUGAAGGGAGUCAGCAGGGAGAUGUUCACCAUCUUCUGGGAGGCGGUGAAGCAGAAGUCCACGGCAGGGUCGGAUGUUCGCCUGCCCAUCUCCACCCCCGAGUACAACCAGAGGUACUGGGAGGCCGUGGGGAGGGCGCUGUGUCACUGCUAUGUGCUGGUUGGGCACUACCCUGUGGAUGUCAUCCCUGAGGUCAUCACUUUGCAUAUUCUGGACAAGAAACCAGCCAAGCCAGCCGUCCAGGAGGCCUUCCUCAACACACUGACAGAAACAGAGAGAACCAUGCUCAAAUCCCUGUUCGACAACUACACACCGGAAAAUUUCAAGUCCAACAAGACAGAGCUCAGAGACUUCCUCAUCAACUGUGAGAUUCAGACGGUGCCAACUUUCGAAGAUUUUCCCGAGAUCUUCCACCGUGUGGCAGAGUUCAAGGUUUUCGAGGAACCAAAGUCCGCCAUUUUGGGCAUCGCGUCCGGUUUCGGGGAAGCGAGUGCCGAGGUCUUCAAACAGGUGACCACGGAGGACAUCCACGCUUUGUACUCGUCGCUGCAGCCAACCGCAAACAACAUCAUCGGUAAACUGGAACUAACCACUCAGAGUCAGAGGGGGGAGGGGCCGAGGGUUUUCUCCAUGCUGACGUCGUUUCUGUACAACUCCAACGAGGAUGUCUGCAGGAAGUUUCUACGGUACGUAACGGGGAGUAAUCUCCUCAGUAUGGACCAGAUAAAGGUACGAGUGGACCCGGGGGUGCGCGGCAUCGAGUCCCACACCUGCUUUAACGAGAUCGCCCUCCCCACGUUCCAGGAGUGUUCUACUCAGGAGGAGUUCAACCAUGUGUGGAUGACUCUACUGGAGGACAGUGCUGCGUGGGAGUACAACUUGACUUGAAAAUGACUUGAACAUUAUAGCUUAAGCUACUAAUACGCUGUACUGACUUGAACUUUUAUUAAUGAUCAAGUUCUUUUUAAUAUGCCAUGUACAAUCAAGCUAGAUUUUAUGUGAUGAUAGACCUUAAUUUUGUGUAAAUUUAUGUAAGAGAUCACAGCCUAUGUAAAUAGGACAAGUGGCUCUGUAAAAUUUAUUCUUACUAAACAAGUCAAAAUAAAAAAAUUACCACUAUUUUAUUAUUUCACUCUGAUAAAAAGCACAAUGGUAGGUUAGGCUUCCUUACAUUGACUUAUACAUUGUGUAUGAUGAAAUGAAGGUGAUCUGUGAAGUACUGUGAGUUACAUGAGAUUGCAUAUGAUGUAGUACACAUUGAGUAAAAUGAAUUUAAAUGUUUAUGUGGUGAAAAUGUGCUCACAUUGUUGUACAAUUAUGAACCAGUGUUUGGUAGGUAUGUGCCUGUCGACACAAGACUUAUAGAAAAUCAACUGUGGCCAUUACAUCAUAACAUAUGCAGUAUUCUAUAUGCAAAUGCAUUCCUUGCCAUAGUGUAUUUACACCCACAAGAAUU